AUGGAAAUGUGUGAGCGGAAUCCUUUAAAUCCCGGCUAUGUUGGUUCUCUGUUGAAUUUCGCUCCCCCUGACUCGCUGUAUUUCUCCAACUUGCGCGGUAAUGGAGCCCACAUACCCGGGCUGCAUCAGCUCCCUUACAAUAGGAGAGAGGUGUGCACGCUCCCGUGGACUUCCUCAAGUUCGUGCGCGUCUGGGCCGGCGGCACCGCCACCACAGAGCCGCGCCUUCGGUGGCUACUGUCCGCCGUUUCUGUCCAAUUCGGUGUCUAUAAAUACGAACUCCUCCAGCGGCCACGUCAAGGCGCAUUUGGAGGAGUCCGCUCGGUGCUUCCAGGACGCCAACCACAAGACGGAGGAGGCUGCCAGGCAAGAUGAAGUUUACGCCGGGGAGCACGGGGUCCGCGCUUAUUCAGACCUGGACAGCCGCUCUCACGGUUCUGCGGCGCAGCUUGAUCCGGAUUCAGCAGGUCCAGUCAGUGUGGACGGUCCCAAACAGGAGCAGAAUCCCAUUCACACAUCAUCAAGUAACACAUGCUCCAGGACGAGUUUUGCUCAAGGUGCCCCGUGGUGCUCGUCACAAGUGAAAACAAGAAAGAAGAGGAAGCCUUACUCGAAGCCACAGCUCGCUGAACUUGAGAAUGAAUUUAUGAUGAAUGAAUUCAUCAACAGACAGAAACGUAAGGAGCUGUCAGACAGACUCGACCUGAGCGACCAACAAGUGAAAAUCUGGUUUCAGAACCGGAGGAUGAAGAAGAAACGACUGAUGAUGCGCGAACAGGCUUUCUCCGCAUACUGAUGACCUUUGGACUUGAUCAUGACCAGCAGCAGCAGCAGCAGCAGCGCAUCAAUACCACAACUGAAUCUGCUGUUAGCUCUGUCUGAUAGAAAAUUACUUCUCAUGUUUCUAAAUUGUUUCCUCAAUUACGUUCAAAUUACAAUCACUGACUGGAUUGUGUUCAGAUGCAUUUUUUUAAAUCUUUCAGUGAAUGAAGCUCUGCUUUUAUGAACUGCACCAGAGGCGCAGGAAGGUGGCUGGACUGGAUAGCUGGCGUAAGAAAAAAUAAAGCGCACAAUUGGUAAUGGAAGCACUUUGGUUAAGAUUUGGGAAAGACAGAGGUUUGGGUUGGAUGUAAAUAAUCGCCUCGUGUCACAUUGUAGGCCACAGUUUCAACCAGUCCAAAAAUAUUUGACAAUUUACAGUGAUAGGAACAGAUAAUUGCGUUACAGCUCAAGAUGCAGCGCAUUUUUUUUUCUGGCUUUCAGAUGUGCCAAAUGCGCAGUAGGCCAAACUCCCCCCCGCCCCCGUCUGGCCUGUAGCUGCGGAUAUUAAUUAAUCUUUAAUUUCUUCCUCAUCCACCACAAAUGUGACACGUAUUUAAACUGGAAUGCGGAUCGAUAAGUUUAUUUUUUGUGUGCAUUUUGUCUUACAGCCCGCAAGUGUUGUGUAGGCUUGAUAUGGAAGCAAGCAGUCAAGUUCAUGUUUACGGAUGCGAACGUUAUUAAAAGUCAGUAUUGCAAAGUAUAUUCUAAAUGCAUGCCCUUUUCCUAAUUGCUGUUAUUUAAUUAAAUGUCUGAUUUUGCCAAUAUUAUUGUAAUUCUGUUUUUAAAAAAGGAAGAAAAAAAAAAAGUCACAUUGCUCAUAUUCUGUGUGGUCGCGUCCUGUUGGAGGUUUUUGUCUGUGGAGGAAGAGAUUUGCGCCUCAUUUAGUGCUGAGAGGUAUUUUACUUGUAAAGCCUGCCAAACAAGUGAGUUUGUGGAUGUGACACAUUCUGAUGGUGUUUAUUUUAAACUACAUUAUAUUUGUUGUAAACCAAGCGUGAAUUGUUAUUGCUGUACCUCUGCAUUGCCACACAAGCCCGUGGAUAUGACGCACAUCCAGUGGUUGCAUCAGAAUCACUCUUCAUUUACGGAUUCAGUUUCUAUAAAUACAUAAUUAAUGUAUAUUUCAGUUUUGACUCGUUUGAAACUAAUUCCAGAGAGCAUGUUAUUGGUAAGCAUAAGAAUGAAAAGUACACCAGCCGUCGUUUUUAUCCACGGACGAAGGUUUUGUAAAGUGGACGUAACAUGAAGAUGAAUGCAUUUGUAAAUAAAGAUUCUUUUAAAACCAC